GCAGCCACGGUGGAUGUUACACAGACAGACGACGGACGGAGAGCUCGAAUCCAUUCAGUCUGCGAGUUUAUCCAACGACGGCGCUGGGCAGGGUGCUGAUAUGGUUGUGAGGGCCUGCUUCUAUCGUCCUGUUGUACAGUGAGGCGGUGAGCUCACGGUGGAUACAGCAUGCAUGUGUUGACAUAUCCCAUGAUGCACUCUGCCAGUCCAGGCCUGCUCCUCCUCAGCUUCCUCUUCCUCGCUGAUGCCGACUCAACACCCAGAUUCACGCGAACCCCAGAAGACCAAACGGGAGUCCAGGGUGGAGUGGCUUCUUUCGUGUGCCAGGCCACAGGGGAUCCACAGCCCAAGAUUGUCUGGAACAAAAAAGGCAAAAAAGUCAGCAACCAGAGAUUUGAGGUGAUAGAGUUUGAUGACGGGUCCGGCUCGGUCCUGAGGAUCCAGCCACUGAGGACCCCCAGAGACGAGGCGAUUUACGAAUGUCACGCCUCCAACUCUGCAGGAGAGAUCACUGCCUCCACCAGACUAAGUGUGCUACGCGAGGACCAGCUGCCCUCGGGCUUCCCCACCAUAGACAUGGGUCCGCAGCUGAAAGUGGUGGAGCGUUCUCGGACCGCCACCAUGCUCUGUGCUGCUAGCGGCAACCCUGACCCAGAAAUUACCUGGUUCAAGGAUUUCCUGCCAGUCAACACAUCCAAUAACAAUGGGCGAAUCAAGCAGCUCCGCUCAGAGUCCUUUGGUGCCCUCCAGAUAGAGAUGAGCGAGGAGUCAGACCAGGGGAAGUAUGAGUGUGUUGCCACCAAUAGCGAUGGGACACGCUAUUCCACCCCAGCUAAUCUCUAUGUCAGAGAGCUGCGAGAAGUGCGUCGUGUCCCCCCUCGCUUCUCCAUCCCCCCAGCGGACAGCGAGAUCAUGCCAGGGGGGAACGUCAACAUCACAUGCGUGGCAGUGGGCUCGCCCAUGCCCUACGUGAAGUGGAUGCUGGGAGCAGAAGACCUGACGCCCGAGGAUGACAUGCCCAUCGGCCGGAACGUCCUGGAGCUGACAGACGUACGCCAGUCCAACAAUUACACGUGUGUCGCCAUGUCGACACUUGGUGUGAUUGAGGCGGUGGCACAGAUUAUUGUGAAAGCUCUGCCGAAGGCUCCUGGCACCCCUGUGGUGACGGAGAGAACUGCAACAAGCAUCACACUCACCUGGGAUUCUGGCAAUCCUGAACCUGUCUCCUACUAUAUCAUACAGCACCGUGCCAAAGGCUCCGAUGAUCCCUAUAAAGAGAUUGAUGGCAUCGCCACGACGCGGUACAGCGUGGGUGGACUUAGCCCUUACUCCCACUACGACUUUCGGGUGGCAGCCGUUAACACCAUUGGCCAGGGCCCCUCCAGUGAGGUGGUGGAGGCUCGCACAGCCGAGCAGGCCCCUUCCUCUCCUCCUCGACAGGUCAGAGGUCGUAUGCUGAGCACAACAACAGCAAUCAUCCACUGGGAUGAACCAGAGGAACCUAAUGGACAGGUGGUUGGUUACAGAGUGUAUUACACCUCAGACAACACUCUGCCAGUCAACCAGUGGGAGAAGCAGAUGGUGCGCAGCGCCAACUUCAUCACCAUCCAGGGUUUGACUCCUAACAAGACUUAUUACAUCAGAGUGCUGGCCUUCACCUCUGUAGGAGAUGGACCCCUGUCCCAGGACCUCCAGAUUAUAGCCAAGACUGGAGUUCCAUCCCAACCUUCAGAAUUUAAGGGUGAGGCCAAGUCUGAGACAAGUAUCCUCUUGUCCUGGGUGGCGCCACCCCAGGGCGGCCCUGACAACCAGAUCACAGGAUAUGAACUGGUCUACCGACGAGCUGACGACACAGAAGAGAAGAAAAUGAGCUUUGAGCCCACAACCUCCUACUUGUUGAAGAACUUGAAGCCUUUCUCAACCUACACCUUCCAGCUGGCUGCCAGGAGCAAGCACGGAAUCGGGGCGUAUACCAACGAAGUGUCCAUUGACACACCACAGACGCUUCCUUCAGCACCUCCCCAGGACAUCACAUGCACCAGUCCCAGUUCUACCAGCAUCCUGGUAAGUUGGGCUCCACCUCCUCUGGAGUUUCAGAAUGGCAUCAUUACAGGAUACACCAUCCAGUACUCUACUACAGAGGGCAACAAAACGUCUAAAAGAAUUGAUGGAAUUCAAACGGAAAGUUCUCCCUAUCUCCUGGAAAACCUGGAGAAAUGGACUGAGUAUGGCAUAACGGUACGAGCACAGACGGAAGCUGGGGACGGACCAGAAAGUUUACAGCUGCUUAUCCGCACGGAGGAGGAUGUUCCAAGUGGUCCUCCACGGGGGGUGGAGGCAGAGACUGUGAACGCCUCGGCCAUUAGGGUGAAAUGGCGAGCACCGUCGCCCGAACGGCAGCACGGUCAGAUCAGAGGCUACCAAGUCCACUACGUAAGGAUGAACUACGGCGAGCCUCAGGGUCAGCCCUUCAUCAAGGACAUCCUCAUAGAGGACUCGCAGUGGGAAUAUGAUGACUCAGCUGAAUAUGAGGUUGUUCUUGGGGAUCUGAAGGCAGACACUUCCUACUCUGUAUCAGUGGGGGCUUACACUGCCAAAGGUGAUGGUGCUCGCAGCAAGCCUGUCACAGUCUGCACUGCUCUUCCAUUGCCUGAGAAGCCCAAACUGAUGGUGAGUGCCACUGAUUCAGGUACUGCUCUGCUCCAGUGGUAUGCACCACCAAACCCACCCACCCCGCUCCUCGGGUACCGCCUCACCUUCGGCCGCAUCGACGUCCUUCCCUUUACGGUGGUGGAGUUCCCUACAAUGGAGAACCGCUACACCGCCCAGGACAUCCACAAGGGAGCUAACUAUGUGUUCAGACUCUCUGCCCGUAACAAGAUGGGCUACGGAGAGGAGGCGGUAAAUGAGGUGACUACUUCAGAAGAUGCCCCAAGUGGAUAUCCAGAAAAUAUCAUCUCUGAGGAAGCUUCUGCCACCUCCCUCCGACUGGCAUGGAAAUCAGUCCCUCUAAUUGAGCAAAAUGGGAAAAUUGCAAAGUACUCAGUGCUAUACAAGGAUAUAAACAGUCGAGGGAACGCCUCAGAAGUUGUGGUGCCUGCUCCAGGGUCGAGUGUGUUGUUGGAGGGUCUGAGUGCCGAUACUGUGUAUGAUGUCAGGGUGUGCGCUUUUACAGCUGUCGGCCCUGGGCCGUACAGCCCCAGUGUCCAGUUUAGGACGCAGCGGCUAGACCAAGUUUUUGCCACCAACUUCAGAGUAAAAGCAGCCAUGAAGAACUCUGUUCUGUUGUCCUGGGAGAUCCGAGACAAGAACCCUGCCCAACCCUUCACCAUCCUGUAUGGAAAGGGCCAGUCUGUUGAAGUGGACGGCAAGCAGACUCAGAAGCUGAUCACUGGCUUGGAGCCGGACACCCAGUACUCCUUUCUGCUCACAAACCGGGCAAACAGCGCCGGGGGCCUGCAGCACCGCGUCACUGCCACCACGGCCCCAGACAUCCUGAAGACCAAACCUACCGUGGUGGGAAAAACCAACGCAGACGGCAUGGUGACUGUGCAGUUACCAACAGUGCAAACCACGGCUAAAGUCAGGGGUUACUACGUGGUGGUGGUGCCACUGAAGAAGCAGAGAGGGAAGUUCCUGAAUCCCUGGGAGGAGCCCGAUCAGAUGAACCUGGAUGAGCUCCUGAAAGAGAUCAACAGGACAAGUGUCAGUCGUGCCCUUCGUAUCCGCAGACAGGCUGGCCAAUCAGAUCCCAGGGCCUAUGUCACUGCUCACUUUAAGACCCUCCCCCUGGAGUUCACACUGGGUGACGGACGAAACUAUGGUGACUUCCGCAACCGUCCACUGCAGAACGGACAGGAGUACGUUUUCUUUCUCCUUGCACUGCUAGACCUCUCUGAGAAUACCAUGUAUGCCACUAGCCCUUAUUCUGACCCUGUGACCUCACUGGAUGCGGAUCCCAAGCCAAUGGUUGACGAAGAGGAGGGGCUGCUCUGGGUGGUGGGACCUGUGCUGGCUGUCAUCUUCAUCGUCUGUAUUGUCAUUGCCAUUCUCCUCUUCAAGAGCAAACCUGACAGAAAAAGAGCUGAGGCUGAAGGCAGGAAGGGCAGUUUUCCUUGCAGCAAAGCAAUGUCAUCUCACCAUCCCACUGAUCCUGUGGAGCUACGCAGAAUUAACUUCCAGACUCCAGGCAUGGCAAGUCACCCACCCGUCCCCAUCUCUGAGCUGGCAGAUCACAUUGAGCGCCUCAAGGCAAACGACAAUCUCAAGUUCUCACAAGAGUACGAGUCCAUCGACCCCGGUCAGCAGUUCACAUGGGAGAAUUCCAACUUGGAGGUCAACAAACCAAAGAACCGCUACGCCAACGUCAUUGCCUAUGAUCACUCCAGGGUUAUACUCUCCAGCAUUGAGGGUGUCCCAGGCAGUGACUACAUCAACGCUAACUAUAUUGAUGGCUACCGCCGUCAGAAUGCCUAUAUCGCCACUCAGGGCUCCCUCCCUGAGACCUUCGGGGACUUCUGGAGGAUGGUUUGGGAGCAGCACACAGCCAAUAUUAUCAUGAUGACCAAGCUUGAAGAGAAGUCACGGGUGAAGUGUGAUCAGUACUGGCCAACCCGGGGCACAGAGACCUACGGCCUGAUCCAGGUCACUCUACUGGACACAGUGGAGCUUGCUACCUACUCUGUCAGGACCUUCGCCCUUUACAAGAAACUUGCUUGCGCCGGAGUUGGUCGCACAGGCUGCUUCAUCGUGAUCGACGCCAUGACGGAGCGAAUCAAGCAUGAGAAGACCAUCGAUAUCUACGGCCACGUCACGCUGAUGCGCUCCCAGAGGAACUACAUGGUCCAGACAGAGGACCAGUACAUCUUCAUUCAUGAUGCACUACUGGAGGCUGUGACCUGCGGGAACACCGAGGUCCCCGCCAGGAACCUGUACUCCUACAUCCAGAGGCUGACGCAGAUUGAACCAGGAGAGAAUGUCACCGGCAUGGAGCUGGAGUUCAAGCGUCUGGCCAGUGCCAAGGCUCACACAUCACGGUUCGUGAGUGCCAAUCUGCCAUGCAACAAGUUCAAGAACCGGCUGGUGAACAUAAUGCCCUAUGAGACCACACGCGUAUGUCUGCAGCCAAUCAGAGGAGUGGAGGGAUCUGACUACAUCAACGCCAGCUUCAUCGAUGGAUACAGGCAGCAGAAGGCCUAUAUAGCAACCCAAGGCCCGCUGGCUGAAACCACAGAGGACUACUGGAGGAUGCUGUGGGAACACAACUCCACCAUAGUUGUCAUGCUAACCAAACUGAGAGAAAUGGGACGGGAGAAGUGUCACCAGUACUGGCCUGCAGAGCGUUCAGCCAGGUACCAGUACUUUGUGGUGGAUCCCAUGGCUGAGUACAACAUGCCCCAGUACAUUCUUCGAGAGUUCAAAGUCACUGAUGCCAGGGAUGGCCAAUCACGGACAGUUCGUCAGUUCCAGUUUACUGAUUGGCCAGAGCAAGGAGUGCCAAAGUCAGGGGAGGGAUUCAUUGAUUUUAUUGGCCAGGUGCACAAAACGAAAGAACAGUUUGGCCAGGAUGGGCCAAUUACUGUGCAUUGCAGUGCUGGAGUAGGGAGGACUGGUGUGUUCAUCACCCUCAGCAUCGUGCUGGAGAGGAUGAGGUACGAGGGCGUGGUGGACAUCUUCCAGACGGUCAAGAUGCUGCGCACCCAGAGACCCGCCACCGUUCAGACAGAGGACCAGUACCAGUUCUGCUACCGGGCCAGUCUGGAGUACCUGGGAAGCUUUGAUCACUAUGCAACAUAAACCCAGUGGCUGUCUCUCAUGCCACAUCCCACCUAGUGCACUUUUCUUAGGUCACAUGCAGCCUGAAUUAAUGCAUUAGGCUGCGAUGUUUCUUUGAAGAUUUUGCCACCACAUGCAGAGUGAAGGGGGACCAUCGGCUUAUCCUGUACCCAGAAACAGCACCUCUAACUGAGCCAUAGCAACCUGCUUGACAAGGGUGUUUCCUUCCACCCUCAGCCCAAACACACCCAUUGGUCAGUCUGAAGAAGCAACUUCAACCACUGUUCCAAUCAGAAUACUUGAUCAGAUCUAGAUUUUUAUUUGUUUCAGUGCUUUUGUGAGCACCCAGAUUGCUUUACAUUGUUUGGGUGUGGAACUCUCACCUCGUCCAUCACCAGUGUAGCAUCACCAACCUAAAAACAGGAUCCGGCUACAGUAUUUAGCUGUCACAGGAUAUUUAGAUUUUUCUAUCUUGAGGACAGUCUUGAGGGAGACUACAAAUCGAUCUUAUGGAAGCCUCGUGGACUGAAAGAACUGGGACUUUUGAGCACCAGAGAAUUGCCGACAGGAUACUGAAAACACAGAGCACACAGCAUUAAAAAGACAAAGAACACACAUCCCAAAAAAAAAGACACCAGGAAGUGUUUUUGGUUUUUUUUUCUGUUUUGUUUUGGAAACAGACUCUCAUUUCCUGUGAAUGAAAAAGAAAAUAUUUCUACCAUACAGUAAUAAAAACCACCAGUUCAACCUUAUGCUUCACGACUUAAGAUACAGGAAAUUUGAGAGAAGUUUAAAAAUGCAUACCACGAAGUAAAUCAUCCAUUUAGUUUUUUAGAAAAAUAUAAAUAUGUGAUUAUCUUGUUUUUUAAAAAACUGGGUAUUCCUUAUGGCACGUUCUGUUUUUUGUUUUUACAGAUUUAUGACUUUGUCCCCACUGACCAUACCAAGGCAAAGUUGUGUUGUUUUUUUUUUUUUUCCGUCGUAAUCCAAUGAGCUGUAGCGAUUUUUUAAAAGUGAUAUGGUACUGUUUUAAAGUGUACAAUCAAAUCUAGUGUGGAAAAUGUUCACCGUUCUAUGAAAAACACCACCAUUGAGUGUCACGCUCCUGUAUUCUGUACCCACUCUCUCUUUUUAAAAACACACAUGUUCGCAUGCACACAGGACGCUCGGCCUCAUCUCCUAUUGGCCUGUGAUGUCAGAGGGCUGAGGAUGGCCUUUUUUUUUUUUUUUUUUUUAACUCCCAGGGGCCCACAGAGGUGCAGCAUUAACCCUGCUGCUACCAGUCCUGAAGACAGUCCCGAGAAUAAUCCCGCCAGGUUGUUCUGUGUGCACGCUGAGAGAAAGCCAGUUAGAACACAACUACAGAGAGUAUGCAGAGAAAGUAAGAGAAAGCAAAAUACGAGAAGAAAACAACUAAUAAUGUGUCCAAAUAAGCUUCACAAAGAUUUUUCUCAAGCAGGGAGCGAGAAAGGGAUGUAGAAAAAGGGUUGGGAUGGGGGGGUCAGGGAAGGAACAAUUUUCUCACUGGAAUGCUCACCUAUGACUUUUCUCUCUGUCUGAUUCCGUGUGCAAUAAGUAGAUGUAUUAUAUAUUUUUGGGUCAAGUCACUAACUGCAGUUAUAUGCCAUUGUGAUGAUACGGAUGAUGGUGCAUCAUUUUCCAGACACAAGGAUGUUACGCUUGAUAUGGUUCUCGCCACCGUUUAAUGUGUCCAAACAGAGGAGCGACCUCCGGCCUCCUCGGAAGUAGAUCUGUUAUCCAUGUCACAGCUCCAGUAGAUGAUGUCAUCCUUCUGUGUGUCAAGGCAACCAAUGAAUGAUCGAACUCAUAUUUCAAACAGCAUCUAAUAAGUAUUUUGAUUUUAGAUUUCUAGUGCCUUAUAUUACACGCCUAUUUUGAUAAAGUUACUUUAAAGGGUUUUUUGUGUAUCUUAUGUGUGUAUGCUUGUGCGUAUGUGAACUGAAUGUCUGUGUAUAGGAUUUUGUUAUGUUACAGUAUGUGAAAGUAUCUUGUGUGUUCUGUUUUCGGCUGUGAAAUUUUGUAUGGAAGGCUUUGUGUAGGCUGGAUAGUUGUACUCAUCAUCAUAUCUCUUUUGAUUAAAAAAAAAAAAAAUCCUCUCUUAGAUGAGACUCAACUACAGACAAAAAAAUGUGGUUUCAAAAUAGGUUAUUGGCAGGAUGGUCUGAUUACUUUUUGGACAGAAAAAAAAGCUCUAUGUCGACAGCUUUCCAUAUUUUCUUCCUGGGACACUUGCAAGCUUUAUGUAUAUAUACUCUUUCAUGGAGACCUAGGUUUGUUUACCAUGAAAUUUUGGCCACACUAGCGACUUUGGCACCGACUGUGAGCUGGCUCAGACAAGUCAUACUUACUCAGCUAUGUAGAAAUCUAUAUAUAAAGCUGAACAGCAGUGGCUUUCUUCGUCAGUUUGAAGAAAAAAACAUCACAACAAACCAUACGGAUACAGUCAUGUAUCCCACCUGACACCCUUCACCUAAAAUCAGUCAGACUGGCCAUCUGUGUUCUUCAUUCUGAUGUCUACAAUUAUAUAUUUUUUUUUUCUUUAAUGACAGAGGCUGAGAGAAGUUCAGGUGCUACAUCUCCAACAACGCAAAACCUACGUCAUCAUUUUUUUGUAUCUCCAUUAGCGCUUAACCAUACAAGGGAUCGUUGACAGUUUUCCACCAUCUUACAGUAACCCUGUUGUUGUUUUUGUAUGCAUGGUACCACUUUUGAGAUGCCCCUUUGGUCGCACCUGUUAUGGGAAGACUUGCACUUUCUCUCUUUGUACUAUGCACUAAUACUAGUAUCCUAUUAUCUCUGAUAGCCCCCCCCCAAAGGAGUUUUACUUGAACUCAGUAAAGACGGACCCUGUAAUGCUCACAUGGUUGUGUAUAUGUAAAUAACACAGAACACAGAGAGUAAUUGAAAUGCAUAAAUAUGAAUAAAUAAAUAAAUGAUUAAGGUAAAGCGUGAAUAAAAAUGUAUCAGAUAUAGAGCGUGAUAUAAUAAAAGGAUGCACCUGAAAUCACAGUUUUAUGGCACAGCAGUAUGUGCAAUACAUCACAUUGUGGAUUUGUUGAGAAGUUUCACAAAAAAGUGUUCUAUUUUACCCCCAAUGUAUCAUGUAGAUGGAUAAAACUGGAGUUUAUAAAUUGUAUAAAAACGAAAAUAUGGUGUGUUACUUGGAUCAGUUACCUCCAAUUGGUCUGUAAAUGUAAACUUUUGUUUUGUUUUGUUUUCUGCUCUGAGUCAACAAGUGCUUUUUAUUUUCUUACAUUGGUUCUCGGAGCGGGUGAAAACCGGAAAACAGGUCUGUAUGGAUUUCUG